AUGAAUAUUUUUGAAGAUCUUACACUAGGAUAUCUAAAAGUGGGCCUUUUUACGUAUGUGGAUGACGUGGAUAUCAUAGAAGAGGAUAUGAAGACGGUGAAGAACUUAUGUAAGAAACUGACGGUAGCAGCGAGCAAAGUAGGCCUGAUAAUUAAUGAGGAAAAAAUAGAAUUUAUGAAUCUCAAUUGUGAGGAUAGGACCAAAGUAAAGGUCUGAAAGUAGAUGGCCAUUUCUUCUACAGAGUACCGCAGUUUAAAUAAUUAGGAGUCCUCUGUUGUAUAUGCAGAGUAACACAUUGUGCGAUGGUAAUACUGUUCGUCAGCAUUAAGAAAUUGUUGUAACAAUAAUAGUCUCUAAGUAGCAUUUAGGAAGAAAAUUAUUUAUAUUGGAUGGUUAUAAAAGGAGUAAAAGGAGAUAGUGAAAAGGAGAAUCCAUGCGGCGACGCCGCCGGACUACGUUUUUUGGUUUUAAUAUAAUUUAUUUAAUAACGUUGUGUUUAUUUUAAUUGUUUCGUAUACGUUUUAGUGUAUACUCUCAUUUAGUUUUUUAGUAGCUACGAUACUUUCUUUUUUAUUCUGAGUCCGAUCCGAAACCAGUUAAUUCAUGAUCUUUGAGGAUAAAGUCAAAAUAAUUAAGUGGUCCAAUCAACUUUGGAGUUCCGAUUAAAACUGGUUAGUUCAUGGUCUUUUGGUUACUCCAGUUUAUGUUUGACCGAUACCCUUGUUAAAGGGAUAUACAAAAAAGAAUCCAAAUUGCUAGUAAUUUUUAUUUUGGUAUUGGAUUUCUUAUACAAAUCAGAGCUAUCUAAAAAAAACCAUAGGAUUAAAAUGUAAAUAAAAUGUAUACGGCCUAUAAUCUUAUAUGAUUUUGAAAAAUAAACUCUUAGAAAGACGGAUGAACUGAGACUCGACAUUUUUGAAAAAAGAAUUUUAAGGCGUAUACUUGGCCCCUGUAAUUCCAUAACAGUAUAAUGAAGAAAUCCAAAAUGUAUUCUAAAUACCGUAUAUUACUUGGCGAAAAAAUGACACAUUGAUUAAAGCUGUGAUCAAUGAACAUCCGAUGGAAAAAAACCGCUGUGUAAGCUAUUCCUUAUAUUGAAAGACUGUCUAAAAAGGCUGUAGUCACAGAGGACUCAGAGGUAAAUUGGUAAGAAUUGGCAGAAGAUAUAAAGAACUGGAGGAGAACUUGUCUUACGGAAUGAUCUUAAAAGAGUGAAAUCCGAAGCACAAUAAGAAAAAGUACGUAAAAUGUGCAUUAAAAAUCAUAAAAUAUGCAUUUAUAAAUAAUAUAAAAUACAGGUCGGUAGAUCGUGAGUGAGUUGACUCUUUUAGGUGAACUGAAUGAAUUGAUUCAUUGUGGUAUAGUUCAGUCACACAAUGAGUGCUACCGCUGGUUUAAUACAAUUCACGAAUCACGGAUGUGUGUUAUUAGUUCCUGAAUUGUUGGUGAUAUACAGAUUUAGUUAAUUAGUUGUAUUUAACGAAUACAUAUUAGUUAGCUUCCUCAUAAGUCCGACAAUAUGCCUAUAUCACAAUGUACAUACUAAUUAUUAGACCAAUUAUUAUUCGAUGAAUAAAUGUGUUUGAAAAAUGGGGCCUUAAUGAAUUGGGAACUUGGGAGUUGACUUCCCGAGUUAAAUCAUUAGAGCGAACUGAGUCAAUUGAACAAUUCAUAGCAUUUAGUUGAAAAUCACUAAUAUAAAGUAAUAUAAAAUAUAGUAGUAAGUAUAUUAUUAAAAAAAAAAAAGGACGAGCAUACAUGACACAUGGGUGCAACUAUUGUUAUAGAUGGGAAGUUGGAAAGGUAGGAUAUAGACAGGAAUUUAAUGUAUAUCGUAAGCAAAGAUGAACCAUUGCUGACGAAAAAACAAUUCUAAGCCAAGUUCAGUUGACAAUGUUGAUUUUUCAAAAACACAAAAUAUGGUAUUAUAUCAUAUUAUGGUAAAAUGAUUUAAAUAAUGUGCGUUUCCAUGACAAGAAUGAAUGUUUAAAAAGUAUUCAAAUAAUAAAAACUUAAUAAUAACAAAAAAUAAAUUAAAACGGUUGCCAAUAACAACAUAAUUUUUUAUCUUUCAAUUUUUUUUCAACCCAAAGACCCAGGUUUUCCUCAUUGUCUCGAAUAUUAAUGAGAAUUUCAAAAAAUGACUUCUCUAAAUUAACACCCAGAGAAAAUUUCCUUUCGGAAAAAGUGCUAUAUUUGAAAAUCGGAGUAAUCUUUCUAGUAGAAAAUAUGUUCAUUUAAAAAAAAAUAAAAUAAACAUCCAUUGUAAAACCAAUACAUUCCUCGUUUCACUCAGAUUCUAAAACUAUUUUGAUUAUACAAAUUGAAAUCCAUAUGCCUGUACAAUUACAUAUUUGGGUACUGUCUGAUAAUUUUUCCCAUUAUUGUACCAAGAAAAAUUCAAAAUCAGAUUACUAGUAUUAUACACUGAAUGUUUGCUAGGUAAUCCUGAUAAUCUUACUCGUAUUUAGAUAUAAUUUUAUGUACAGUCGAGUCCUGAUAAUUCAAACUUUUUUGUCCUUUUGAAAUUCUUAUAUACUAAAUGCCAAAACAAGUUUAAGGUAAAAUCAUUGUACAUAGAUAAGUCAAAGUCAAUAAUAUCUAAAUUGUAUCAUCAGAACUGGUUUAAAAUAAUAAAUUUACAUAUUCAACUAUUAUUUUACUGCGAAAAUAAUGAAAAUAAUGAACAAUUAACUGAUUUAACUUCUAGCUACCUUGUGUACCUCGUGUGUACAAUUAUUGUAGUAAGCAUUAUUUGUUAUAUCUCGUAAAUUGGUUACAUUAACAAUUGUUGGAAAAGUGAACAUAAUCUAUGAGGUAACUAAAAGUGGUAAACCUAAAAAGCUGUUCUAGGAUAAUGGGGACGGGUGCAUCUACUGUUAUAGGUAAUUUAAUAAGAAUUUAAUAUAUACCUGUAAGCAAUGAUUCAUCCAUUGCUAACGAAAAAAAAGAUUCUAAAAAACGUUGCGUAGUGCAGUUGAAAAUUGGCAAAAUAACUAAAUAAGCAUUAUAUGUUUUCUUUAAUAAUAUUUGUAUAAUGUUGUACCGAUUUUCCUGUUUUUUCCGAUUUUACAAAUUUUCUAAGAAAACUCCUGAGAAAAUCAAAAAAUUACCUCCUCAAGGAACUUCCUCAUAUCGAUUUUCUUUCAGAAAAUGUGCUACAUUUAAAAAUCGAAGAAAACUUUCUGGUAGAAAAGUUGCGCACAGAAAAACAACAUCUUUGCAAAAUCAUAAGCUUCUCUUUGCGACACUCAUAAUCUAAAAUAAAUUGAUAAACAAUUUAAAAUUUCACUAUGUACACUUUAAACCGUAAUGAAAAAUAAAGACUAUAUUUAAAAAAAAAAGUACAAAACUAUUAAAGGGACUAUGAAAAGAAUGAAGAUGCUUGAAUAUCCGAAUAUAGUGGUCAGUUUACAUAAUUGGUUUUUACAAUAUCAGUAUUUAAAGGUUUCAAUAAAUGGGGCAAGUUUUGAAGAAGGUUACCCUACUUGGUCACAAAACGUUUAAAUCUAGUCAAGGUUGGUUAAGUAAUUGGAAAUUUAGUAACAACGUCGUUUUCCUAAAAUAUGUGGUGAACAUAUUUUUAGUUAAUCAAUCAGGUAUGUACUGACUGGUUAGUAAAAUGGGUUGGAAAAAUUUGGUUUAGUGACCCGAAAAAAGUAUAAAUAUAUGUAAAAUAUAUAAUAAUAGCUAACUCGAAUUUGAAAAAAAAUUCGAGUUAUAUAACUCGAAAUAUACAUAAGUCGAAUUAAUUUUUAAUUCCCUUGGAAUUCAUUUUAUGGACACUCGAUUGUGUUACCGAAAAUCGUAUGUGUGCAUUUUAUCAUAUAAUAUAUUGCGGUGAACAAAUUAAUAUGUUCGUUGAAUGAAUUGGAAAAUAGUUAUGAAUAAAAACAAAUUGUUACCAAAAAAAAAAAAACAAUCGAAUAAAUAUGUGCAUUUCGAAAACUAAAAAUAAUGCAAUAUUAUAUCAAUUAUACAUAAUAUAAAAAUUAUAUAAUUAUUCAAUUAUUUUGAAUUUGAUUUAAUUAAUAGGAAAAAAUACAAUUAAUUUUCUAAAUAUUCGAGCUCUAGUUAUAAAACUUACCUAUUUAUUAUUUCUCUGACCAAUUAUUUUACAUUCCAUAUCUAAUUCCAAGAGACCAGAAAGUAAUUUCCGUUUAAGCAUGUAACACGUUUUCGUUUUAAAAAGAAAAUUGAAAUUAGGUAUGAAUUGUUUACCUUUUAUUUAAUUUGAUUUUAAUUCAAUUAUUCUUUUAAUUAUUUGAUUGAACGGGUUAUAAAUACAAAUUGAAAAUCCCCAAAAAGGGUAUAAGGGUAUUUAUUUAUUUUUUUUAAGUCGUUUAUAAUACAUUUUUCAGAAAAAUAUGCAUGGUAAAUACCAGUCAUCAGUUUGCUCGUGUACACAACCUGACAAAAACCACCCCAUGAAAGGCUACAUCUUGAUCCAAAAGAUAAACGGGUCCGAAAAAUUAUUCCCGAGCAUCCACGAGGACAAAACGCCGACGGCUACCACAGAAAAAUAG